AUGAGGGUUGACCUACAAAAUUCAGAAUUCUCCCAAAGCAGUGCCUACCUCUGUGGACCAACCAGGCUGCAGACUCUGUUAAGUCUCUUUCUGCCUUUUUCUGGCCUAUUCAAAAACUCUAACUUUGAAAGGGAUUUGUCGCAGGGGGAGUUGUACUCUGCCAUAAAGAAGGAGAAGGAACAUCCUGAAGGCGACAGUGGUACCACUCACUUCAGUGGAGAGCUACACUUCUAUGAGUUAGUGGAGGACACAAAAGAUGGCAUCUGGCUGGUUCAGGUGGUUGCUCAAGGCAGAGAGGCACUGCUCAGUCAGUACAGUUGGAGGAAGAUGGUGAAGAAAGUUUCUCAGUUUGGCAUCAGAACUGGAAUAUUUAACUGCUCCAAUGAUCACAGGUCAUGUAUGAGGCGUGGCUGGCAUCACUCUACUCUCAUCAUGUCUGUCCCUCAGACAUCUGCCUCCAAAGGGAAGGUGAUGCUGAAGGAAUACCGUGGGCAGUACUCAGACACAGAACACCUCUCCCACUGGGUUACUGGGCAGGUGGCACAGCAGAUCCACACCCUGCACCGCUCUGAGCAGCUGCUGCAAGAGUGGUACUCAGACCAUACUGUCAAAAUGUUCCUGUUUGCUCACCUUCCGCAGCCGCCUGCCUUCUUCUCCUCUCUCUCAGUAAGGUUCACUGGGCGCAUAAAGUUCAUCUUUGUCAACAUUUGCCAUUGGAAGAACCAUAGCAGACUGGCUGAGAUAGGUGUGACCCGCAGUCCUGCCUACAUCCUAAAGAUGCCUGAGGGGAUAUACUGGUAUGGAAAAAGCCCUGGGGAGUUCCUCUCUGUGUCAGCUAUGGAUACGUUUCUGCGCUCAGUUCAGCCUGAAGUCAAUGACCUGUUUGUGCUCAGUUUGCUGCUCAUCAACCUGCUGGCCUGGAUGGACCUCUUCAUCACACAGGGAGCUACUGUCAAGCGCUUUGUGGUUCUAAUCCGAACACUUGGAACAUACAACUCCAUCCUUCUGGUGUCAUGGCUUCCAGUUCUGGCUCUGCUGCAGCUGCCUUACCUGGACACCUUCUAUAGCUACAGCCUGAAGCUGCUGCGCUAUGCUGACACCACACAGCUCGUCAGUUUAGUGCGAUCUGACUGGACCUUCUAUUCGUCUCACCCAGCGCUCUUCCUGUCCACGUACUUGGCCCAUGGCCUGUUAGUGGACUACUUUGAGAAGAAGCGCCGCUGCAGCAGAAGAAGCUUGGAGGACAGCAGCACAAACCUAGAGUGGUUAGCCAGUCUGUGGGACUGGUAUAGCUCCUACCUGCUCCACCCCAUCACCUCCCUGCACCAGUCUGACCAUUCGGAAUGGGAUGAGGAUACCAAUUUCUUAUUUGAACGAUUAGCUUUUCCUGAUCUUUGGCUGCGUCCACUUGUGAACCUUGAUUAUAUGAAAAUUCUGCCUGUCUGGAAGUUUAAAAGUGCUCCAAGUUCAGUGUGUGUAUAUGGUCAAAAUAGAGCUCCAGAGGAGCAGGUCUGUCUGGACAGGACCUCUGACUCUGAGUAUGAUGAUGCCCCCCAGCUCUGUGAUUGGUCUGUUUGGCCCCAUGACAUUCUCCACUGCUCAGAGUGUGUUGUAUGUUUAGAAAACUUUGUGAAUGGAGAGCUGUUAAUGGGUCUCUUUUGCGGCCACGCCUUCCACCAGAGCUGCAUUGUGGUGUGGCUGGCCGAGGGCCAGCACUGCUGCCCUGUGUGUCGCUGGCCGAGUUACAAGAAGAGACUGACAAAAUCUAACUCCACUGUCUCCUCUGAACCUGUCUGACCAGCUCAUCUGUUUAACUCUUUUCUAUAUUUUGGUAGCUCUCAUCAUAAUGCCAUCAAAUUUGACACAAAUCUUCAGUAGUUAAAAACCUUCAUCACAUGUUCACGUUUAUCUAACAAAGUUCCACUGAGAUUCAGAAUCUCUCUA